GUUCCUUGCUGGGCUGCGGUGGAGGAAGAGACGCAGUGAGUUUAAGCUCAGUUUGUUCUCAAAAUGAAUCUGUGAGAUGUGAUUAUCGACGUAUUUAAGGGUUACUUUAAUAACUGUAUUGUGGUUAAGUAAUUGUGGGAGGUUUCAGAGAUAAGAGACGGGGGUAUGGACUCUUACAGGAGGCUCUCUGUGCUAUUGGAAGCUGUUGCAUUAGUUAACCCACUCCAGUAAAGUGAAACCAACUUCCACUCUCGUCAUAAUUCUCCCCUUUUAUCAGGUGCUUAACACUACUGUACAUCUCCAAUCUACUUCACCUCAGAGGUAAAUCUACUUCCUGUCCAGUGAAAACAGGAAGGCUAUCUGUUGAUGGAAAAAAGGAAAUGAAUAUUUAUGCCAAAGUUAAAACUCUAUUAAUAUCACAAAUGAGCAAUGAAUGAAUGCAUGCCUUCAUUUAUAUUUAAUGAGCAUAUCUGUAGGUUUAUUUGACCUCCAGAAGAUGUGUGAUAAAAACUCUAAAUGAAACCUUAAUCUUAAAUAAAUACCUAAAGUUUGGAGUAGAAAAUGUAGAAAAAAUAUGUGAAUGAAAUCAGAAAAAAUGCCUCAAAAUGAUCACCUUUUAUCGUGUUUGGAAAUAUCUGAAAAUCUUGAAAAAUAUGAAUAUCAUUUAGGGAUUUUUAAAGUGUGUUCCUUAUCUCUGUGUCUGUAAACACGUUUUAUAAAUUGUUUUUGGACGUUUUAAUAUUAUUCAUACAUUUUACAAAUCAUUUUGGGAUAUUAAUCCACAUAUAUCCAAGUUUCUUCAGGUGUGAGGUGUGAGGUGUGCCACCGUGAUUAAUAAGCUCGUUAGGCGUCCUGUAGCAACGGUAGCAAUAACCAGCCAAGGUAACCCCCGUCUGCCCCAGAUGGCCAUUGAGACCAAGUGGAGGACGGCGCUGAGCUCCAUCCUGGACCAGCUGAAGGAGGAUGAGUUCCAGAAGCUUCUGUUUUACCUGGACAAGAUCCCCCAGAGGGUGAAGGAGGGGUGCCAGCGGUGCGAAGUGGCCCAUCUCAUCAUCCAGUACUACAACCCCGAGGGCUCCAUCGCACGCAUAGACCACCUGAUGAGGAAGCUGCCCAGGUUGGACGGAGCCGUGCAGCAGCCGCUCAGAGACAUCAAGGUCCAGCUGAAGAAAUUCCGGGAGAAAAACCAAGCGACGACGAGCAAACCAUCUGGGUCAGGACCAGCGACCAAGGGGAAGACACCGGCAGCUGGGUCAGGACCAGCGACCAAGGGGAAGACACCGGCUGCUGGGUCAGGACCAGCGACCAAGGGGAAGACACCGGCAGCUGGGUCAGGACCAGCGACCAAGGGGAAGACACCGGCAGCUGGGUCAGGACCAGCGACCAAGGGGAAGACACCGGCAGCUGGGUCAGGACCAGCGACCAAGGGGAAGACACCGGCAGCUGGGUCAGGACCAGCGACCAAGGGGAAGACACCGGCAGCUGGGUCAGGACCAGCGACCAAGGGGAAGACACCGGCAGCUGGGUCAGGACCAGCGACCAAGGGGAAGGCACCGGCAGCUGGGUCAGGACCAGCGACCAAGGGGAAGACACCUGCAGCUGGGUCAGGACCAGCGACCAAGAGGAAGACACCGGCAGCUGGGUCAGGACCAGCGACCAAGAGGAAGACACCGGCAGCUGGGUCAGGACCAGCGACCACUGUGUCAUCGCCACAGUGAGGAGUACAAAAGUCCGUAAGACAAAGUCUGUAUCUGGAGCCGUGCUUUUUAAGGUUAGCUGAUGUUAUGGCUUUGCCCUUGGUUUAUCUUUUUAAUCUCUCCUUGGAGACAAAUGAAAUUUCCCUUCAACAACUGAAAGACUUUUUAACAUCUAGAAAUGUAAAAGUAAAAUGAUCAAGUUUUUCCUGAAAGAUCGGACUUUUCUCAAACUUCUGGGAUUUGUUCUAAAUGUCGAUUUUUGUUGUUAAAAGUCCAGUUAUUUUUUCUAAUUUCUGACUUUCUUUAAAAGUCUGACUGUUCGAUAAGAACUACUUUAUUAAUCUCAGAUUAGAACAUGUUUGUGUUGCAGCAGCAUAAUACAAUACAAGUCAUAGCACACAGAAAAUAUAAUACUAAAUAAACAUUGUAUGCAUGAACGUAAAAUCUGAAGUGUUUACCUCUUCCAUUUCAACUUUUACAAUUGUUCAAUUAUUUCUUCACAAUUAUCACUUUUUUCCCAAAGUUCUUUUUCUGACAUUCUUUAAAAUGUCUAUUUUUCAUAAUUCUAACUUCUUUUCAAAAAUCUGAGUGGAUCAGAUGUUGCUCUUGGGGGACGUUAAACUGACAUUAGUUUUCCUGAAAAUGUCAGAAAUGGACUCGGCCUCGUCCAUAACCCCCAAAACCACUCAAAAACUCUCCAAAUCAGCCAAGCCAUUCCAUAACACUUGUCCACCUAUAGGCGAUAAAGCUAAUUGACGCUAAUUGCCCAACAUAUGCAGGUUAGCAUCCGGCAGUUUCUGUGUGCUGGAGACCCCGACUAUACAUCAUAACAUUACACUUUGGGGCCCUCCACAUGUCCGGGUUCACAGGGCUGGCAGGUAGAGGAAAAGGAGCCGUUGGUAGGAAUGUGCUGCUCCAGGAUCAGAGUGCCGCUCUUGUGGAGAUCAUGAAGAUUAAGGUGAUCAGAUUACUCCGCACCAACAAGACCAACACUCACCUGCAGGUGGAGUCAGACGGUCGUUGGCAGGAGGCGUACGGAAAGACCCUUCCCCAUCUGCUGCCGCUCACUGUGCUCGCUAAGAUGCAAAAGGGUCCUGGAGAUGGGGAUGAUCUGACAGGUCGUUCGUUAUGGGGGGUUUGAGUAAUGUUGAGGGGUUUCAGUCCUCUCCUCCCAAUGACUUUCCAACCAAUAAAAGAGAUGACUGACCGCUGAGCUUUGUCCUUAUAUUUGUAAUGGGUGGAUUAAACUUGUAGGCAUGA